CCUUCCGAAAGAAGGCUAGAUGUUAUGGAAUCUAAGCUAGAUGUUAUAGAAUCUAAGCUUUUUGGAUCUAAAUAAGUGGGACAAUGCUUUAUGGUGUCAUAUGUUAUUGCCUAUUCACCUCCUCGACAUGGGAAUUCCUCCGGUGUUGCUUAUCUUUGCCCUUGCCAUCCGACGAACGUUUAGAGAUGCGUUGUAGCAGGCCGAGUACAUAUAUGGCUAAGAAGUUCUCAGUCUCAGUGUAGGCUUCUCUUGCACUUGUCUCUUCAGUCAGCCUCCUUCACUCAAGUCGACCGGUCACAAUGAUUGCCAAAGUCCUUCCCAUCGCCCUCCUUGCUGGUGCUGCCUCGGCCACUUGCCCUCUCUCCGUCGAGAUCACCAACGCGGAGAACCAUGUGGUCAAUGUCGCAGUCACCAACACGGGCAGUGAGCCCGUCUCCGUCUUCAAGGGCAACACGGUCUUCAGUGACCACGCCACCAAGGACCUCUUGGUGACCGAUGCAGAGGGCAAUGCGCUUCCGUUCGACGGCAUGUUUGUCAACUAUAAGCGCACUGGCCUCUCGGCCGAUGCCUUCCAGAAGAUUGAGGCUGGGCAGACAAUCACCGUGCCGGUCAACGCGGCCAAGAGUUACAGACUCGACGGUGUCGACCAGGCCAAGGUCACCGCUAUUCAGGGCUUCCGCUACGCGACUGGCCCCGACACGCCUUCUUCGUUCAAGGAUUUGGCCGCGUGUGAGGAUGUCACGUCCGGCGAGGUCGAGGUUACUCCUGACCAAGCCACCGUUGCCGAGCAGCACAUUUCUCGCAGAGCCGAGCCGUCUUUCUUGUCUCGCAUCCAGAAGCGUGCCGUCACGUACUCUUCGUGCUCCUCGUCGCAAACGUCUUCUUUGAAGACGUCCGUGUCUGACGCCAUUUCCAUGGCCAGCAAGGCUUACACCGCCGCCGGUGCCGGAACCGCCUACUUCACCACGUGGUUCAAAUCCACCUCCGUCAAGUCCAAGGUGCAGACCAUCUACAACGACGUGGCCAACGUCCAGAGCAAGUCGCCCAAGAUCUCGUGCACCGACACCUACAACGACUGCAGCGAUGGCUCUGCCCUGCUGUACACCGUCCCCUCUGCCAACGUCAUCGUCCCGUGCCCCAACAACGGCUUCUGGGGCUUCCCCGAGCUCGCCCCUCAGUGCUCGGGUGACGACUACGACAGGGCGGGCAGCAUCCUCCACGAGAUCACCCACCUGUUCGGCACCGACGACUACGCGUACGGCCCCUCCGCUGCCCAGGCUCUGUCUGCCACACAGGCCGCUGCCAACGCGGACACCUAUGAGAUGUACGCCGAGAGCGUUCGUCUUGGCGGCUGCACCACCGGCUAAGCGUGUACGACCAGCACGCAACGCAUCUAGGGGAUUUUGGAGCGGUAUUUGGCGGAAAUGAGAUGAUGAUCUUUGAGUAUUCAAUUCGUGUGGCAAUAAUUAUGGUGAUACAAGGGGUUCAACCAGUGUAUCCUCCAACGAGAAGCUCAGUCUCUUCAGGCUUCUGAUAGCUUUAUGAGAAGGGGCAUGGCAAAUGCAAAUAUGACGCCUAUAGUAAUAAAUGCACAU